AUGGCUUCUCUCAAACGCUUCUUUCACGCAGAGAAGACAUCGUCAGAAACUCACGACAAUCGAGACCCUCAGACAAGAAGCUUGGCCGGCGAUUGCCAUUCCUCUGCAUUGCCCAGGGCAGCAACAUCACAACCCUUGAACUCUGGCUCCAGAAUCUCUCAGCCAACCCAAGGGUUGCACACGCGUCCCGUGUCGUCUUACUCUCAACCGCCGUCUUCGCAUCCUUCGAGUCCAAUUCCUGACAAAACCCCACGGCAUGUUGACUUACUGGACGCGCUGUUCUCGUCUCAUCGCUACCAUAUCCAGUGCCCUACUUCUUUGUCGCCUAUCACGCCGUACAAUGAGGACAUCGCGGAAAGAAACAUGGCUUUCUUCCUCAAAGGGACUUUUUUCCACAAAGUGGCGUACCCGCGUCCUACUUCUUACCAAGGAGAUGCAACAUUAAGAAACACAUUCAGAGGCAGCAGUCGUUCUCUUGCACGUAGUGCGAGUCCGCGAUCUAAAUCAGCACAUGGAUCACCACUUAGGUCGAACCCCCGAAGUGAAAGAGAUGCCACGAAAGGUCGCACCCGCUUGCGGGCUAGGGAAGAACGAGUGGCAACUACGACCUCGGAGAAGCUCACAGCGACAGCGUCGUCAGCGCGCGAUGAACGACCGAAUUCCUCAAGAAAAAUAAGCUUCGAAAGAAGCUCCCUGCGCUCUCAGAGGUCAGCACCAAACCUGGUGGCCGAACGGCCCAAAACUUCUGACACGGAGCCUCCUACACCCGGCAAUGGCUACCUGGGCGUACCUCCAGCCUACAAGCAAGGCCGUAGAUGGAGUAAUACUCCUUUGCCAGAUAGUCCCACCAUACCGCUGUCAAUCAGCCACGAGCAGGGUCUGGAGGAAAAUGGGUCCACAAAAAAUACAUCUGGAGUCAUCUCCAACUCGAAGGACCAGGAAGGUUCGAAUUCGAGUCGAAACCAAUCUAAGAAGAAUGUCCGGGAUCUCUCUAUCAAUACAAAACUGGCAGCUCGAGGCAAGCCCAACACAAAAGCUACGCACCGCGUCAUUCAGCCCCCGACUCCCAACACCGCUGGGUCAACGCGGCCCCUAAGUAUCGCAGAGGUCAUGAAUAGCCCCCUGCCAGUGGCUACACCGACGGCAGUCUCACCUUUACCUCCGUCUACGGAGAAGGUUGCAGAAAUCAUGGACAUGUUUCGACAGGCUUACACGUCCGAGCCGGUAGUGACACCCCACCCAACAUUUGAAACCCUCCAGGAUGCUAUCGUCCGUGAGAUCAAUUCCCACGACGCCUUCAAACGAUUGACGUUCCCCGACACAGAAUGUUCCCUUAGCCCUUCCCCUUCUCAGGAGUCUUUCGAUAAGGGUCUAAGCGUGCCGCUUUACCCUGAUACUGUGCCGGAAAGGGGGCCCAGUGCAAAAGAAGGCCAGCUCCUCAAGUUGAUCCGAAAGAGCUCUUUCAGGAAGCAUAAGAGGAACUCGGAACAACGAAGAAGUAUUUCGACAAGCGUACCAUCGACGGCGAUACCUCAAGCACCCGGAGGUAUCAGUCGACGGAGGCACACAGAUGCUCCAUUGCCCUCGGACAAAGUUCUGGGCGAGGCGGAGGCGAGCGAAGAAGCCAUUGAGGAACCUGAAAUGCCGAUGACUUUUAUGGAUCUAUUACUUCGAACCGAGGAAGCUACAUCCGGCAUGAUCUCGAAGAAGACCAGCCCCCUACAUGGAAACACGAGCCAACCCACUUCCGCGCAGUCUCUUUCGUGCGAGCAGGCGAAUCGCUUCAAACCCACACCAUCCAUCCUCUACAUGCGCGCCCACGGUUCCGACUCCACACAAGGAUCCCGGUCCAGCUUCUCGGACGACGAAAAUGACGAAGAAAUCAUCGAACUACCCAGCCUGGAGCCGCCGGAGGUCCGUAUUCACGGAGUUGACUACGAGCCCGGUGCAGCCACCUCUGCGUCGAAUCCAAGCAUCAAAUCCCCCUACCGCAUCAUGAGCUGGCCGCGCAAGCCCAGCAACAACACCUUGAAUGUUAACUAG